GAAGACAACAAAAAACAGAAAAUUCCUUAUUAAGCACAAGGUUAUAUAAAACAGGGAUCCUUUUGGAUCAAUUUAAAUAGGGGAGAACAGAGUAAAAAUCAUGGAGUAUAUUUUAAAUCACCCACAUUUACUUACUGCACAGGAAAUUAUAGUAAAACAAUCAAUAUAAAUCCAAAUUUCAAAUACUAAGUGAACCCAAAUGAGGUAUUCCUAAAGUAGGUGCUUUAUUAAGACUAUGAGAAAACACCUAUCUUUCCAGCAGUUUAUUCUAUUUUCAACAGUACUUGACAAACUCCUUAAUAUAUCCAUAUUAUUAAAUCUAGCUAGGAAGCAGGAGGAGGAGCUAAAUUCCUUGCUCUGCACCUAUUUCCCUUCCCACCACAUACACAAACAUCUACCAUUAGUGAUUCAUUCCUUUUAGUUAAGCAGUAUCCAAUGUGUAGUCCUCUUUUCAAAUGACAAUGUGUUGGACAAAAGCAAUACUUUAAACCCUAAAUAACUAAAUGUGAAUCAAUUACUAAAUUGCUUCAGUUUCAGAAAAGAACCAAGAGACAGUAUUUUAUAAGCUAAUGGCGAAGGUAUACAGAAGGGAAAAGUUGAGCAGAAAAUACGGAGGCGUGUACAUAAAUUUUCUACAUGUUUCUCAGAUUAAUCCAGAUUAUGUCAGUUAUUAUUAAUUUAUUUCAAGUGUGACCCCUUAUGAAAAAUGCAAAUAGUUAUUGAUUUCUAACCAGGGUGAUUUUCAAAUUAAGACACGUUAAGUGGAAUUUAUGAAGCAAAAUUAGGCUUUGAUACUGUAUAUCUAGUGAAAGAUUUCAAUAAGGAUAAUUUCACAUUUACAUUAAUCAAGUUAGUGUAAUAAUAUGAAGUGUUGUUUCACUGUAAAUAUUUAAAUAAAUGCAUAUCUACAGAACUACAAUAGACAAACUACUUUUAGUGGCAACAGUACCUUUUCCAUCACUUGUCUCUUUUCCCCAUCUAUAACUUAGGUCUGUCACUCACAUGCAUUAUUUAGUUUUUAUCAAGAUCAUCAAGGCUAACUAAUGGGGGUAGAUGACCAUUUCUUUAGUCUACAAUCCAAAUUCAUUUGACAAAAAUAGUGAAAUAAAAUCUCAAUUUAUGGAAUAACUGUCAAUUCAAAAUGAAAUCAAUGGGGUUCAUUCUAUUUCCAAUUUAAAUACUGCAAAGAUUCCUUAACAAAAAUCUCUACCUCAGCAACUCCACUUUAAAAAUUGUCGUAAAUUUUACAUACUGAUAUCCUAUGUCAGCGAAUGUUUAGCAAGGUAAACCUCUAUAGAUGAAUAAUAAACAAUAAUAAAACAAUUUUAUGACAUUGUCACUACUCUUUCAAUAUAUAUAUUUUUCCUACACUGACUGGUUUUACAUAAUUUACCCACAUGGCUCACAUGUACUAAGUACAUAGUCCCCCUACUGCUGGCUAUAAAAUUCGUUUUCAAAAAGUGCAAAGCAGGGCUGGGUGCAGUGGCUCAUGCCUGUAAUCUCAGCACUCUGGAGGUCAAGGUGGGUGGAUUACCUGAGGUCAGGAGUUCAAGACCAGCCUGGCCAACAUCUCUACUAAAAAUACAAACCCCGACCCCUUGCCUGCGUGUGACGUCAGAAUCGCCAUGGCCAGCCAUCCGAACUGGCAGGGCUGCCCAGGAGCUGCAGGACAAGCACCAGGAGUCCCUCCGGGUAGCUACUACCCUGGACCCCCCAGUAGUGGAGGGCAGUAUGGCAGUGGGCUACCCCCUGGUGGUUAUGAGGGUCCUGCCCCCGGAGGGCCUUAUGGACCACCAGCUGGUGGAGGUCCUUAUGGAUACCCCAAUCCUGGGAUGUUCCCCUCUGGAACUCCAGGAGGACCAUAUGGCAGUACAGCUCCAGGGGGCCCCUAUGGUCAGCCACCUCCAAGUUCCUAUGGUGCCCAGCAGCCUGGGCCUUAUGGACAGGACAUGUUUGACAAGACCAAGUCAGGCCAUAUCGAUGUCUACGGCUUCUCAGCCCUGUGGAAAUUCAUCCAGCAGUGGAAGAACCUCUUCCAGCAGUAUGACCGGGACCACUCGGGCUCCGUUAGCUACACAGAGCUGCAGCAAGCUCUGUCCCAAAUGGGCUACAACCUGAGCCCCCAGUUCACCCAGCUUCUGGUCUCCCGCUACUGCCCAUGCUCUGCCAGUCCUGCCAUGCAGCUGGACCGCUUCAUCCAGGUAUGCACCCAGCUGCAGGUGCUGACAGAGGCCUUCUGGGAGAAGGACACAGCUGUACAAGGCAACAUUCGGCUCGGCUUCAAGGACUUCAUCACCAUGACAGCUUCUCGGAUGCUAUGACCCAACCCAUCUGUGGAGAGUGGAGUGCACCAGGGACCUUUCCUGGCUUCUUAGAGUGAGAGAAGUACAUGGACAUCUCUUCUUUUCCUGUCCCUUUAGAAGAACAUUCUCCCUUGCUUGAUGCAACACUGUUCCAAAAGAGGGUUGAGAGUCCUGCAUCAUAGCCACCAAAUAGUGAGGACCGGGGCUGAGGCCACACAGGUAGGGGCCUGAUGGAGGAGAGGAUGGAAGUUGAAUGUCCUGAUGGCCAUGAGCAGUUGAGUGGCACAGCCUGGCACCAGGAGUAGGUUCUUGUAAUGGAGUUAGUGUCCAGCCAGCUGAGCUCCACCCUGAUGCCAGUGGCGAGUGUUCAUUGGCCCAUUACCGUUACUACCUGUGUUCCCUCACCAGGCCAUCCUGUCACACGAGCCCAUUUUCUCCAAAGUGGAAUCUGACCAAGCAUGAGAGAGAUCUGCCCAUGGGACCAGUGGCUUGGAUUCCGCUACACCCAUAAAUCCUUGUAUGUUAACUUCUAAGUGCCUGGGGCUGGCCCUGCUCAGACAAAUCUGCUCCCUGGGCCUCUCUGGCCAGGCUCUGCCUCCGCGGCUGGGAGUCCUCACUUGCCUGCCAUACUCUGC